UUUCACAUGCCAUUAGCAGAAUCUGAAAGUAGAAUCCUUGCGCAGUUAGUAUUUAACCGCAUUGCGUAACGGAUUCAGCACAUAGACCUAGUAUCGCUCCGUACCAUAGCUACACCUAAAACGUCAUCAUGGCGGUACAAAAGAAAAGAGGUUUCUUUGAGAGGCUGUUUGAGAAAUUUGCUGGGACAAAGGAAAGCGAAAGUACACCGGUUAGUAGUAAAAUUAAUGUUGAGGAAUACAAAAAAGAAUUACAUGAUAAAGGGGUUGCUGGGGUAAAAGAGCUACUUAACAAAGACUUGGAAAAUUGGACUGAAAUCGAGCUUCACACAGCUGUUGUUGGAAAUUCAGGGACGGGAAAGUCUUCUUUUAUCAAUUCAAUUAGAGGCCUGAAAGCUAAAGAUCCCGGGGCUGCAAAAGUUGGUGUUAAUGAAACCACCGUCACGUGCGUGCCAUACAAACAUCCAGACAACAAGAGUUUCAUUGUCUGGGACAUUCCUGGCGUUGGAACACCAAAGUUUCCAAAGGAUAGUUACUUAGAAAAUGUUGGGUAUGAUAAAUAUGACUUCUUUAUCAUUAUGAGUAGAAGCAGAUUCACAGAAAACGACUUGUGGUUGGCCCUUGAAGUACAAAAGCUGAACAAGAGAUUCUUCUUCGUGCGUUCAAAUAUCGAUAAAGAUAUUGAGGACGACAGAGAGGACAAUCCAGAUACCCACGAUGAAGAAAACGUUCUUCAAGCUAUACGGAAGAAAACAGAAGAUGAGCUGAUGGGUAAUGGAGUGAGAGCCCCAAAGGUUUUCCUGAUCAAUAACCGUAAGACUGAUAGAUAUGACUUCGGCAAACUUAACAAUGAGAUGCUGUCAUCAUGCGAUGGAUUGAAGAAAGAUUCAAUGGCUUUGUCCUUAGCCGCAGUAACCAAAGAAGUAAUGGCAGAAAAGAAAAGAGUUCUCGAGAGACGAAUAUCUCAAAUUGCGCUUGCCGUAACAUCCAGUUCAGGAGAAUAUGAACAAAAAGGCAGAUUUCAGGACGAAAUAAAGUUUUACCAGAAGCAGUUUGAUAUCGAUGACGUUACUCUUGCUGAGAAUAAGGACAUACUAACACUCUCGGACUCAAAUAUGCAAGAGUUUAAAGUUGUUUUCGAUCAGUAUGGGUCCGAAGGACAGCUCUCGAUGAAAACUCCAACAGCUAUGAGAGCCGAAGCAAGCACAUGGGAACGUUUCAAGGAUUGCUUCACAUGGUCAAAGGAGAAUACUCUUCUCUUUGGAUACUGCAAACUUGCUCUUAGAAGCAAUCUUGAUCAGUUGUACGACAAAGCACGUAGUUUGUAUGACAUAAAAAGGGCAAAACAAAUGGUCGAUGCUGCCGCAAAGUAGAACGCUGUCAGUGCUUCGAAAUGAACAAAAGUUUUGUUACGAUAUGCGCAAUAUGAUGUGUUUGUUUUACAAAAUCAAUGUGUUUUCAUUAAUAUUGCAUUCUUUUAUAACUGUAAUUUGUUUUUAUUGUGCAAAUUUGUUGCGAACCUUAUGUGAGUACAACAGCUAUCUUUUUUUUUUUUGAUGAAGAAAUUUUUCUUAGGCAGUAGAGGUGCGCCCACAUUUUUCCAUGAAUAUAAUGUUCAGUGUUAACAGAAAUGAUUGCAUACUUUCUCCUUUUUCCCUCUACAAAAUACCGAAAAAUUACGUGUUUUAAUCUACGUAUCUUACCUCGUGAUAUAAUGCAGUUUCCUCCAGCUAUAUUUACCGCAUAACAAUAAAUACUUAUGCCAGGGAUGGUUGAGAUGAUGAUAAUGGUAAUGAUGAUGAUGAUAAUGACGUACUAUCAUAACGUUUUAUAAAGUUUGUACUAAGUAUUAAGCACUACUUUGAAUGUAUUGUUUACGUUUGUACAAAGACUUGAUUAUUACUGGUACAAUGUAAAAUAUUUAACUGUGUUGUAAAAGCCUGGAAUUUCUUGUACAUAUAAUCACUGAAAUAAAAAGUAAUAUAUAA